ACCGCAGCUCCAGCGCCAAAAAACCGUGCAGGUCCUCCUCACCUCCUCAUCGUCAUCAGCACACGCGCCGCGGCGCCGGUCUCCACUCUCAAGUCACUGAUUAGCUGACUGCUCGAGUCGAUCGAUCGCCAUGGCCUUGUUGCAAGAGCAACUCGACCUCAUCCGCGCCCACCUCCUCGACGACAACCGCGCCGACGCCGAAAGCUCUGACGACUCGACCACGUCGCACUCGCCGCCGGGGCGGAGGCAGGCGCCCGUGCUCUCUGUCUCGCUGCCCCCGAAGCCUGCGGUCGCUCUGCAGCAGCAGCAGCAGCAGGCGUGGGCGGCGCCGCCGCAGAUUCUCCAGCAGGAGCAGUGCCACUACCGCGCGGAGCCGGAGGAGGACUUCCGGCGGUACCGGGGCGUGCGGCAGCGGCCGUGGGGCAAGUACGCGGCGGAGAUCCGGGACCCGGCGCGGAAGGGGGCGCGCGUGUGGCUCGGCACCUACGACACAGCCAUCGAGGCCGCGCGCUCCUACGACCGCGCCGCGUUCCGCCUCCGCGGCUCCAAGGCUAUCCUCAACUUCCCCAAUGAGGUCGCCUUCGGCACCGCUGCCCGGUGGGCAUCACCUGCACCUCCUCCCAACAUGGCUUCCGGUAACAAGAGGGCGAGGUUGCAGGAGCGGGAGCUGCAAGAACAGGAGGAAGGGUGCUUGAUCAGGGAGGUAAAGAAGGAGAGGCGACUGGAGCCCGCAGCUAGUUGUGAUUGGGAUGGCAUGGCCGUGGCGUCGACGGCGGCGAGCGGAGAGGUGGACUAUUUCUGGGAGGAGGAGGAGGAGUUGAAGGGGACGAUCUGCAGCCUGCCGCCGCUGUCUCCACUCUCGCCGCACUCGCACUUGGCCUUCCCGCAGCUCUCCGUCAGUUGAUCGAAGCGACCGAUCCAUCCAUCUGUGCACGCAACCCAACGAGGAGCAGUGCUUGCAUGAGCAUGGCGAAGGAUGGUCUUAAUUAGCUGAUGAAUUCCCUAUUAAGUAGUCAAAUCUACGGGAGUUCUUUGAUUUGUUACUACGUACUACUAGCUCCUAGCUCCACCGAAUAUUCUUUCGUUCUUUUAUCCAGUUACAUAUUCAAUUAGUUACAUAUAUAUGGUGUACGUUCUUCGACUUGAAUUGCAAUGUACUCCGAUUCAUAGCAAAUGAAACGAAGUAAUAUCGAUUCAUAUUGAA